UGUCACGUGACGCCGCAGACAGCCUCGGUCUUCGCAGCACGCAGCCAUUUUCUGACAGAGAAGCGACGAUUUUCGGUGUAUACUUUCGGUGUUUAUUUCAUUUGUAGUUCGCUAUAUUUAAAAUUCCAUCAUGUCUUCUGGUGUGGCUGUCAGUGAUGAAGUUAAAAAUUGUUUUCAACAAGUCAAGAUGAACACAAAAUCUGGAUCUAAAUUGCGCUAUGGGGUUUUUAAAAUCAAUGAUAGCUUGAAGGAUAUCGUCGUAGACAAAAGUCUGAUGUCAACCGCUUCCGAAUCGACUAGGGAAGAACCAAGCCAUUUCAUGGAAGUCAUUUCUGGCUUACCUCAGGAUGAUGGGCGCUACGUUGUGUAUGACUACCCAUACACGGAGUCAUAUGGCGACACAUCAAAACUAAUAUUCAUUUUAUGGUGUCCAAAUGCGAUUUCCAUCAAACGGAAGAUGCUUUACGCUUCCUCAAAAGAUGCCCUUAAGAAGGUGAUGAGUGAAGUGACAGAGUUUCAGGCAGACUGUGCAGAUGAUCUACAGCAUAAAGACAUUACGUCCAAGUUGCGCAGAGUUUAGACAUGAGAGCUGAACACAAAGACGUAUGGAGCUUGGAGAACGAGGAGAGUGGUUUGAAUAAUUUCAUGCUUGGUGACAUUGCAGCUUAAUGGAGCUGGCAACAACAGCGAUAGCAAACAAGAAGGCCAAACUUGAACUUUUUGCACAGGCAGAGUAAUGCAGCAGUACAAUUACUAGCAAGAGUUCAAACUAAUGUGUAGAAAUGUUGCUCUUUUUUUUUUUUUUUUUUUUUUCAAACAAAAAGGAAAAAAUGAUUGGUGAUCAAUGGGACCUUGUGAUGUCCUAAUGGCCCACCCACGCCCCUCCCCCCUUCUAGACAUAGUGGUCACCCUACACACCAUCUUUUUUGUGCAUUUACAGGCUUUCGUAGAAGGGUUGUCUUUUCUGUUUUCAUUUUUACAGUAUUAAAUAUAGGAGAGCUGACAUUAGCACAAAAUCAGCAUUGACAUGUUUGUGCUGAAAUGGGAAGGGUAGCAACAAUCCUUAGCAUUUUACUUUAUAUUUUUCUGCAGGUGCAUUCAUUGAUGUAUUUAGAAGAUAAUAAGUUGACGCUUAAAAGAUCAAACCACUUUCUUGAAGCUUAAUCAACCUGAAUCUUAAAUGGCUGAAAAAAUGUUAUUCUAUGCAAGUGCCUUUUGAAUAUCACCAUGUUAAUGAGAUGUCCAUCUACAGCCAAGUUGUGCACUGCAAAUUCUCUUAUUGUGGAAAAACAUUAAUUGCACAAAAAAUCUCCAAAACUGAAGGCCCAGGGUUCCUUGCUACUUUUAUUGUAAAAUGUUUCAGCGCAUGCAGGAGAAAUUUAAUGUCUUGAAAAAGGGGUCUUGUUUAAAUCAACUGUUUUUUGUGACUGGUUGAGACUUUUCCUACUAUUUCAUUGUGCUAGUUCACGAUAAUGUGACAUCUUUAAAAACGAAAUUAACGCAUAUAUUGAUGUGACAGCAUUGUGCAUGUUAAUGAUGGACAGAGGGCAUUGUGCAUGAAUAAAAUAGCUUUCAAAUUGUUAUUCUUGACAUUGAGAGAAAAUAAAGCAUGGAACUGAUUGCCCAUAUCCUGUGGCCUUUUUUUUUUCUCUCUAAUUAUAGGCAGUUAUAGUUAAAAAUUUAGAAUGUACAAGAAAAAGCUAAUGAUUGAGGAAUUAUUAUUGUGUGAAUAGGUAAGUUGUACACAUUAGCGCCAAAUAUCUAGAAAUCAACCAGCCUGCUUCUGAACAUUGAUAAGUAAUAAGUGGUCAUGAAAGAGAAUUUUGUAGAAUGAGCUAAUGCAGGCUCUAAGCCUUGAGAAGGUAUAAGCUGUCAGUGAAAAUUAAGACCGAGUGGGGGUUAUUUUUUUGACUAUGUUUAACUUUAGCAUGUCCUGUAACUUGUUAUAAGGGUUCUUUCUUGGCAUUUGGUGUUUAUCUUCACGAUAUCAAAAGUGUAAAUUUUGGUUGUUUAGGAUUUUUAAACAUGAUUGUCCAUGACUUUAUUACAUGAAAAUCAGCAGACAAGCUGUUAAGUAGUCUGUGCAUGUGAUGUUCAAAAGUUUUUUUUUUAACAAGCUUUAGUUUUCAGUGUCAGAGACUUUUAGGUUUUGAGGUAAAGUGUGAAUACUGUUCCAUGAUCCUGGAAAAACAUUCAAGAUUUUGAUAAUGCCUUAGUUAAUAAAGCAAGCUAAAGUCCAGUAGAUGGGCUAUUGGUUAUAUCUUGUAGCUUUCUGCCUCCCACUGUCAACCACACUACUCUUAGGGCAGCUCCUUGUGUAAAGUUUCUCAGCUGCUGAUAUGGUGGAGCUGGCACUGCAGUUGCAUCUACUGCUGUGGAAAUUAAAUACUAAAAAUGUAAUUUUUAAUGACACGAGAACCAAGAAUUUGAAAUGUACAAAAGAUUUUAAGGAAAAUUUGUUUUGCGAACACAAAUUCAAAUUGUCACUGCUAAAGUAAACAAUUACACUUCAACUAUGUAAUACUUGUGUGCUAGACAAAGAUAAAAAUGUGCUUCAUAUGUAAACCUUUCAUGCUAACAUCCAUCAGAUUCAUGUUAAAACCAGAUAAUGGGAUUCUGCCUUCGAUGAAUCAACUUUCUCGUUAAGUUUGCUGCCUGAAUGUGAGGCACUGGAUCAGAACAUUUUUUAUCUGUUGCCCUUUCUCCAUGGGUUCCCCAUCUCUCCAUUUGUUUAGUGCUAGAAUAAAUGAAAGACCUAAUAGAGUUGACUUGGUUUUUUUUUAAUAAUCUCAAAACAUGGUACUGAGAUGCACGUUCGGGCAUUGGAGCAAUGGAAGUCAUUGCCACCAAAUACUGUUAAUAGAUUUUCCUUGAGCUUUUUCAAGCAUUUCUUUAAAUCUUGUCCGAUAAAUUAUACUUAUUAGUCAUCAUUUUGCCUUCAGAAUUCUAAAUUCAUUUUGACUAAUAGGAGUUAAACAGGUGAGUGAAGACUUAAACUUUGCAACAGCAGCAGGUCCUUGUAUGUUGUAUAUUCUUGAUGCUUAUAUAUAACUUUUACGUACAUGGGUGGGUGGGGUAAAAUGAAUGAAGGACAACUUUUUUGGUACAGUUUUUUACUUGAGGGCAUAAACUAAAUAUAAAGCUUGUCAACAGAUUAAACUUGGUGUAUAUCAAAUUUCCAAAGUUCUUUGGUAACUAUGUCAUGCAAAUAAUUCAGGUUGGUCAUGAUUCUUUGGCUUUGUGAUGAUUUGAUUCACUGCAUUUGUAUUUCACUGUAGUUUGUACAUUAUUUUUUUUGUGUAUUUAGCUGGGAAGAAGUAAAGUUGCUUAAUUUA